GACCUAGAAAAGCACCAGGGAGCAGUUUUCCAUAGUCAGGAAAAUGCAAGCAUGUCCUGCAAAACAGAAAUCUGUGUGAAGCUUAUCUACAGGAAUAAAGUAAGGCAGAACCCAAGGGCUCUUCUGCUUGUGUGUGUGUGGCUCCUGUGCUCACAGUCAGUGUCCAGCAGCAACCAAAGCUCUCGAGGCCAAACCGUAAAGCCGGGUACCUGUGAAGUGGUGGCGGCUCAUCGGUGCUGUAAUAAGAAUAAAAUAGAGGAAAGGUCUCAGACGGUCAAGUGUUCCUGUCUCGCUGGACAGGUUGCUGGAACUACCCACACCCAACCUUCAUGUGUAGAUGCAUCAAUCGUGCGGAUGAAGUGGUGGUGUCAAAUGGAGCCAUGCUUAAAUGGUGAAGAGUGUAAAGUAUUGCCUGACCUCACCGGCUGGUCCUGCAGCUCCGGGAACAAAAUCAAAACUACCAAGGUCACACGGUAAAGCAACACUUCUGUGGACAUGUGUGAUGACAACUCAUAAUUUCAAAGGAGUGUAUUUUAAAAUCAGAUCUGCAAAUGUCAACAGAAACACUCGAGUAGAAACAUGCGAACUGUGAACUAUGACUGUGAGAAGAGUUCAGAUGAUGCAAGGCAUUCAAUUCUCUUUUGAACUUUCUAUUCAUCAAAGAUUCAUGAAAAAAUUAUAUUUUACCCACAAAAAUAUUGAUCAGUUAUGUUUCUUGAGCAGCAAAUAAUCAUAUUAGAAUGAUUUCUGAAGGAUCAUGUGACACUGAAGACUGGAGUAAUGAUGCUGAAAAUUCAGCUUUGCCAUCACAGGAAUAAUUACAUUUUUUGAAAUAUAGCUGCGAGAAGCAAUUAUCAGGGUUCAAGCGUUUUAAGGCCUUUAAGCACAUGCGUAAAAAGAUAUUAUGUUUUGUUUACCAAGCAUGUAACCACUUAAAUCAUAGAAGGAAAAUACCAUUUACAACCAAUACAGGCAAUUUACCUUAGGAAAUAUAUGGUUUUUAAAGCU